AAGACUCUGAGACUGACAACAUUUCAGAAGCAAAAGUGACAGCAGCUACGAUCGGCAAGAGAGAAGUCCACUGUAAGACAGUAUCAUCAAGCUCUACUGAAGCUGUGACCUAAAUCAUGAUUUCAUUCAAAGCUUUAGCUGUUGUUCAUAUUCUUCUCCUUGGAUCUACAAUGUUUGAAGUGAAUGCUAAAGCCAUCUCAAAGAGGCAUGUCCGGCGUGACUGGCUGAUCAUACCUGACACACUUGCAUUUUAUCUGUAUGAGUCUGUGAACAAAGUAUCUCCUAAAACUGCUGCAUACUUGGCUGAGGCUGUCCAAAUUCCCUUCAUUCUUGAGAUAAGGAAUGUCUUGAUAAAAGAAACAUCUAAAAUCAGUGUGCAAGUUGAGCAGCUGGUAGAAAAAAUAUCUGGCUUAUGGAAACAAGAAGAAAAAGAGACAGCACAGCAAUAGGAACAAACACACUGAUAUAGCAUCCUCUGUGUCUUGCAUACUUUCUCAGUCAUUGGGAAAGUUCUUGAUGGUGCCACAGGAGGGCAUAAGUAGGCCAACUCCAGUAAGGACAGUUUGUAUUAUAUGAAACUUCCCAUAACAUCUAUUGUCACUUGUUACUUCUGUUUGAAUUGUCACAGACUGUUUCUUUGCUUUUAGUAACCAUUUGAUCCCUCAAUGUUUAUAUUUUUCUUUCGGUGUUUAUGUGUAUAUAUAUAUAUGUACCUGCUAACUAAGAGUACAGUUUCAUGCAUCUGAAAAAGUUAUGCUGUAACAAAUAAAUGUGUCAUUAAAGGUA